UUUGAUACUUUCCUGAAAACCUGUCCCGGUUCCCAAUAUUUUUCUUGGAGAAAAAUGAAAGAGAAGACUUGUCCGAGUGAACUAUGCGUUUUUUUAAAACCAAGAAAGAAGACCUUUUGAGGUCAAUGGUCAAGAGGAGAGAGUUGAGAGUACGGACCAGCCAAUUGACGAGAAGAACUUCGCCUCUAAGUAGAAAAGUACAGGCCUUUAGUGUCACCGUUCACUCUCUUCUUUCUUUUAAAAGGUUUUGGAAUCACUUGUGCUUUGAUCAAAGCUCUAAUCCAAAAGCAUUUUGGUUUUGGAAUCACUUGUACUAUAGCAUUGCAUGCAGUGAUCAUCCUAUUAUAGAUUCCUACACUUGUCUCUUUUCUUUGUGCAAAGCUCUCAUCUUUUGCAAAAUCUAAGAAGUGGGUUUUCUGUGAAACGGUUCAUAAUCAUAGGCUCUGUGCUGAAGAAGGCAGAGAAGAAAAGCAAGAGUCUUUGGUGGAGAUCAUGGAGGUUUCCGGCAAGAAAAAGAUCAAGCCUGACCCUUUCACUGAUACUGUGUUUUCUUGGUCCCUGGAGGACAUUUUCAAUGAGGAUCUUUACAAAGACAAGGUGAAAAAGAUUCCUGAAUCAUUUCAAUCGGCUGAGCAUUACUUUGGGUCUUAUAUAUAUCCUUUGCUGGAAGAAACCCGAGCAGAAUUGCAUUCAAGUAUGGAAACUCUUAAUAGAGCACCGUUUACUGAAGUAGUGGGUUUUGAAGAAGCCAAGCCAUAUGGAACAAAGCUAUAUGAUGUCAAGGUUGAUUACUGGCGAAACAGGUUUCGUGAUAGUGGCAAGGAGCCAUAUAAAACUUUGCCCGGUGAUCUUUUUGUUUUAGCUGAUGCUAAACCUGAAACUGUUUAUGAUUUACAAGGAGUAGGGAGGUCAUGGGCUUUUGCAUCGGCCACUAAUGUCUCAGAAAGUGAGAAUGAAGAUGACAGUACCUCUCUUUAUUUCAAAGUCAAGGCAUCAAAAGAGUUUGAAGUCGAAAAUAGCAGGUCAUCAUUUUUUCUAGUUUUCUUGGUGAAUUUAACCCGUGAUGGAAGAAUUUGGAAAGCGUUGCACAUGUCCAGAAAUCUGAAGAUUAUCAACGAAGUUCUAUGCACUGAUUCUAUGGUUCAGAAAGAUUUCUGCUCUGAAAGGAAUAAUGACAUCUGGAAUCAGAGUAUAGUUGAGAGUUUUUCAUCUGGAUUGAAUGAGUCCCAAACUGGGGCAGUGAUGGCCUGCCUUGAAAUGCUGCAUUCUGGUGAAAAGUCUGCUGUGCAACUUAUCUGGGGUCCUCCUGGUACUGGAAAAACAAAAACCACAGUUACUCUGCUUUCAACCCUGCUACAGAUGAAUCGUAAGACUCUUAUUUGUGCUCCAACAAAUGUUGCAAUAACUGGAGUUGCUUCUCUUCUUGUGAAGAUGGUGAGUAAAGCAGAGCCAAAUAAUUUGUUUUGUUCUUUAGGAGAGAUACUUCUAUUUGGGAAUAAGGAGCGACUCAAAAUUGGUUCAGACAUUGAAGAAAUUUUUAUGGAUUGCCGUGUCAAAAGGCUUGUAGAUUGUUUGGGGCCAAGGGCUGGUUGGAGGCAUUGCUUUGCUUCCAUGAUAGGUUUACUUGAGGAUUGUGUUUCUGAUUACCAUAUUUUCUUGGAAAAUGAGUUCAUGAACGACACAGAACAAAAGAAUGUUAGUGAAACUAAAGAUAAAGAAUGCAGAAGAGGUGCUGAAGUUAAAAAGGAGAAGUGCAAAACAUUUGUUCAAUUUUUGAGAGAUAAAUUUGCGUCUACUGCAACGCCGUUAAGAUAUUGCAUUUCUGUGUUCUGUACUCAUAUAGGGAAAAAUUAUAUUUCAGUAGACAAAUUCCAAGACUUGGUUUUGCUUACCCAGUUAGUUAAUUCCUUUGAGUUACUGUUGUCUCAAGAUAAUGUUGUUCCUGAAGCGUUGGAAGAACUCUUUUCUCAUUCGGAUGUUGAAGAUGUGUCCGAGUCGUUUGUAGGCAACUCCUUUGAUCUUUGUAUGAUGAGAAGGGAUUGCCUUUCAGCUUUACGCACUCUACAGGAUUCUCUUAGUCAACUUAAACUUCCAAAUAUUAGGAAUGAGGAAUCUAUACGGGAGUUCUGUUUUCAAAGAGCAUCUCUAAUAUUUUGCACUGCAUCUAGUUCAUAUAAGCUGCACAGAGUGGCAAUGGAACCACUAAGCAUUGUUGUUAUUGACGAGGCUGCACAGCUAAAAGAGUGUGAAUCAACAAUACCCCUGCAGCUUCCAGGUGUGAAGCAUGCUGUUCUUGUUGGUGAUGAGUGUCAGUUACCAGCUACGGUAAAAAGCAAUGUUUCUGAUGAAGCUGGUUUUGCAAGAAGCUUGUUUGAGAGGUUGAGCUUAAUGGGUCAUUCAAAACAUAUUUUAAAUAUGCAAUACAGAAUGCAUCCUUCAAUAAGUUUAUUCCCAAAUUCAAAUUUCUAUGAUGACUUGAUACGGGAUGCUCCAAAUGUAAAACGAAGAAGCUACGAGAAGCACUAUCUUCCAGGAGCAAUGUUUGGUCCUUAUUCUUUUAUAAAUGUGAUUGGUGGAAGAGAGGAGAAAGAUGAGGAUGGACAUAGUCGGAAAAAUAUGGUGGAGGUUGCUAUUGUUUCAAAAAUACUGCGGAAUCUGUACAAAGAAUGGGUUGAAUCAAAACAGAGACUCAGUAUUGGUAUAGUGUCUCCCUAUGCUGCUCAAGUAGUCGCAAUUAAGGACAGAGUGGGUAAGAAAUAUGAUCAGCUUGAUGGCUUUGAAGUGAAGGUAAAAACAGUUGAUGGGUUUCAAGGUGGGGAAGAGGACAUAAUUAUAAUAUCCACUGUACGAUCCAACAGCCAUCAAUCACUUGAAUUCAUUUCAAAAUCGCAAAGAGUUAAUGUCUCUCUUACAAGGGCAAGGCACUGUUUGUGGAUUUUGGGGAAUGAAAGAACGCUUUCCGAUGGUGAAUCUGUUUGGAAGGCCUUGGUCCUUGAUGCCAAAAGUCGUCAAUGCUUCUUUAAUGCCGAUGAAGACAAGGAUUUAGCCAAGGCCAUAUUAGAGGUCAAGAAAGAGUUUGACCAAUUUGAUGAUUUGCUCAAUGCCGACAGUGUUCUUUUCAGAAGUGCUAGAUGGAAGGUACUUUUCAGUGAAUACUUUCUGAAGUCAUUCAAGAAACUGACAUCAGUCCGCUUGAAGAAGUCGGUGCUAAAUCUUCUACUGAAGCUUUCCAGUGGUUGGAGACCUAAGAGGCGAAGUGUUGAGACACUUUCUGGUAGCUCUUCCAUGAUCUUGAAGAAAUUUAAAGUUGAAGGUCUGUACAUUGUUUGCACUAAUGACAUCUCAAAGAACCUACAAUACGUUCAAGUAUUAAAGAUCUGGGACAUAUUGCCUCUGGAGGAUAUCCCAAAGUUGAUAAACCGCCUGGAUGGUAUUUUCAACAGAUAUACUGAUAACUUUAUCAAUCUUUGCGAGGAGAAGUGUCUCGAUGGUGAUCUAGAGGUUCCAAAAAGCUGGUCACCGUCUUUGGAAUUUUCCCGGUUUAAGGAUCUUAGCAUCAGUGAAGCUCAGAGUAAUUUAGUUGGUGACACUUCUGAUUGUAGAAGCUAUGUUGAGAAUUCACAGGUUAGCGAGAGUUUGUUGCUGAUGAAAUUUUAUUCCUUAUCAUCUGGGGUAGUAAACCACUUGCUGUCAGACCGUGAGGGUAGAGAACUAGAUCUUCCAUUUGAAGUUACAGAUGAAGAGAUGGAGAUUAUCCUUUAUCGUAGAAGUUCCUUUAUAGUGGGACGGUCGGGAACUGGGAAAACCACAGUUUUAACCAUGAAAUUGUUUCAAAAAGAACAGUGCCACCAAUUUGCAGUUGAAGGAUGCUAUAGUAGUCAAGAUACUAGCAAGGUUGAGCAGAGUUCUGCAGCUACUGAAGGGAAUGUUCUGCGCCAGCUUUUUGUGACAGUGAGUCCUAAGCUAUGUUUUGCCAUCAAGCGACAUGUUUCACACUUGAAAAGUUUUGCAUGUGGUGGAGAUAACUCAACUGACUCAACUGAAAGAGGUUUAAUUGAUAUGGCUGAUUUUGAUGAGGAGGAAACCCAAUUCAAGGAUAUCCAAGAUUCAUUUCACGAUAUUCCUCCAAGUUCUUACCCACUUGUCAUUACAUUUCAUAAGUUUUUGAUGAUGCUCGAUGGAACAUUGAGUAACUCAUACAUUGAAAGAUUCCUUGAUGUGACAGCUACUGUUGGCCAUUUUAGGAGUUCGAAAUCAGUUGCAUUUCAGAGCUUUAUAAGGACGAAAGAAGUUAAUUAUGAGAAGUUUAGCUCUUUCUAUUGGCCCCGUUUUAAUACUCAGAAAACAAAGAAGCUUGACGUUUCAAGAGUCUUUAUAGAGAUUAUUUCUUAUAUAAAAGGUGGCUUAGGAGCUAUAGAUGCAUGUGAUGGUAAACUCAGCCGGGAGGGUUAUGUUCAAAUGUGCGAGGGCCGGGGUUCUAAUUUGAGCAAGCAAAAGAGAGAAGCAAUAUACGAUGUUUUUCAGGCUUAUGAAAAGUUGAAGAUGGAAAAUGGUGAAUUCGAUCUGGCUGAUUUUGUAAUUGAUCUUCACCGUCGGCUCAAGCAUGAAAAGUAUGAGGGUGAUCAGAUGGAAUUUGUUUAUAUUGAUGAGGUUCAAGAUCUCACAAUGAGUCAAAUUGCUUUGUUUAAACACAUGUGCAACAAUGUUGAAGAGGGAUUUGUCUUUUCUGGUGAUACAGCACAAACAAUAGCAAGGGGUAUUGACUUCAGGUUUCAGGAUAUACGACAUCUGUUCUACAAGAAGUUCGUAUUGGAGUCAAGAAGCAAUAACAAUGAUGAAAGAAAAGAAAAAGGCCUCAUCUCUGAAUUACUUCAGUUGACUCAAAACUUCCGUACUCAUGCCGGUAUAUUGAAGUUAUCACAAAGCAUUGUUGAGCUACUGUAUCGGUUUUUCCCCUUUUCUGUCGAUGCGUUGAAACCUGAAACCAGUCUGAUUUAUGGGGAAGCUCCAGUUUUGCUUGAAUCUGGAGAAAACGAAAAUGCAAUCAUGAAAAUUUUUGGAAACAGUGGAAAUAUAGUUGGCUUUGGUGCAGAGCAGGUGAUUUUGGUGCGAGAUGAUAGUGCUCGACAAGAAAUAUCCAAAUUUGUAGGGAAGCAUGCUCUUGUCCUAACCAUAGUGGAGUGUAAGGGCCUUGAGUUUCAGGAUGUCCUCUUAUACAACUUUUUCGGCACAUCACCUUUGAAAAAUCAGUGGAGGGUUAUAUAUGAUUACAUGAAGGAACAAAAUUUACUCGACUCCACAUUACCUAAGCGCUUUCCAAGUUUCAGUGAAUCAAAACACAACAUAUUGUGCUCUGAACUGAAGCAAUUAUAUGUGGCUGUUACUCGAACAAGACAGAGAUUGUGGAUUUGUGAAAAUGUGGAAGACCUCUCGAAACCUAUGUUUGACUAUUGGAAGAAAAAAUGUCUUGUGCAACAAAGGCAGCUAGAUGAUUCACUUGCCCAGGCAAUGCAAGUGGCAAGCAGUCCAGAGGAGUGGAAAUCACGAGGCAUUAAGCUAUAUCAUGAACAUAACUAUGAAAUGGCCACAAUGUGCUUUGAAAGAGCUGGUGACACUUACUGGGAAAGGAGGUCUAAAGCCUCCGGCCUUAAAGCUAUUGCUGACCGUAUGCGAACAUCAAAUCCUGAAGAGGCUAAAUCUAUUCUUAGAGAAGCUGCUGAAAUAUUUGAUGCUAUUGGCAAGGCCGAUUCUGCUGCGAGAUGUUUUUCUGAUUUGGGGGAGUAUGAAAGAGCAGCUAAGAUAUAUUUGGAAAAAUGCGGAGAAUCUGAACUUCAAAGAGCAGCAGAAUGUUUUUCACUAGCGGGAUGCUAUGAGGAUGCUGCAGAUGUCUAUGCCAAGGGAAAUUUUUUCUCGGAGUGUCUCACUGUUUGUGCAAAUGGGAAACUAUUUGAAAUGGGUUUGCAUUAUAUUAAUGAUUGGAAACAGCAUGCUGUUGAGGACUGUGCUAAGGCUAGUAGAGGAGAAGAAAUAUAUAAAAUGGAGCAGGAAUUUUUAGAGAGCUGCGCACUUCACUAUCAUAAGUUGAAAGAUAACAGAUUCAUGAUGAAAUUUGUGAAAGCUUUCAAUUCUAUAAUAUUGAUGAGGGACUUUUUGAAGAGUAUAGGGAGCCUUGAUGAGCUUUUGUCAUUGGAGGAAGAAUUUGGAAAUUAUCUGGAAGCCGCAAACAUCGCCCAGCUUAAGGGUGAAAUCCUACUUGAAUCUGAUUUCCUUGGAAAGGCAGGUAAGUUCAAAGAGGCCUCACUGCAUAUUCUGUUUUAUGUGAUUUCCAAAUCUCUUUGGUCAUCUGGUAGCAGGGGCUGGCCCAUGAAGAAGUUUCCACAACAGGAGGAGCUUUUGACAAAGGCCAAGUCAUUUGCCAAGAAUGGGAAAGAUAACAUUGAUGAGCUGGUUUGCUCUGAGUCAGAGAUUUUAUUGAAUGGGCAGGAUAACUUGGCUGUUUUGAAACAUCAAAUGGAUGCUUCUGAAAGACAUAAGAGUAUUAGAGGUGAAUUAUUAUCGGCUCGAAAAAUUUUGGACGCCCAUCUCUCUCCAAGAACUGAUAAGUAUUUUUGGGAGAAAGAAUUGAUUGAAGAUCUUGUAAAGCAUUCAAAAGAUAAAAUAUCUAGAAAUCAGGUGUCCAUUGAUUCGCUUGUCUACUACUGGAAUUUCUGGAAGGAGAAGAUUCUUCACAUUAUUGAAUCUGUAGGAUGUGUGGAAACUCCAGAGUACUAUAGUUAUGUAGAACUCUGUUUUACUUGUUUAGGAGUUUGGAGGUUGUAUCAUAAUCUGAAUCCAAUCUAUGUUUUACUGGUCCCUGAUGCUGAUUGGGUUAGAGGUCUGGACAAAAGGCAUUUGAAAAGUUAUGGGAAGUUGGUCUCCAUUGAUGUUCAUCAGCUCAUUCCAGCAGCUCAGUAUUAUUGGAGUUCAGAACUGCUCUCUGUUGGCAUCAAAGUUUUGGAAAAGCUUGAAGCACUUUUCAAGUUCCCACUAAAGAAUUCUGACUCGACGUUCUUCCAGUGCAGGGCUCUUACCCUUAUCUAUGAUGUUGCAAGAAAUCUUUUGGAUUCCAAAUGUCUGAAGCCAAGGUAUCAAGAUUACUUGACACUACAGAAGCUGGUAACAUUUUCGGCCGGGGAGUAUGUUGCUUACAUCUUUCCUUUAGAUUGGAGGAAUUCGUUGCGACAGAAUAUGAUUUCUCUUAGAAGAACUGAUGCUUCAAAGAAUGUGCUGAAUCAAGUUAUAGUUGAAUAUACCAGCUCAAAGAACGAGCUGUCUUAUGGGCAGAUUGGAAGGAUCGCAAUGAUCAUUCUCGGGUCAGGUAAGCUGCUGAAUAAUGGGCUCUCUGUUCAGCUUGUCAAAAAGCUUGAAAUUAAUACACCAUGGAAGGCCUUCAUUGAGGAUCUCUGUACGAGCGUUGGACCUGGACAUACCCGUCAGGAACCAAUAGAGGUGUCUGUCAUGUUGCGGUUACAUGAGGCUUUGGUUGAAACAUAUAGUGUCAACUGGAGGAAGGUUUCCAACUACAUAUCACCUGGUUGCUUCUUGUAUCUUGUGGAGCGCCUUCUGUUUUCAGCAAGUUGCUAUCAAGGUUUUGUCAUCACUACAAGUUCUUGCUUUAUUGAAUGGCUGAUAUACCAGGAUGAAGAUACCAGCUUACGUUCCAUAGUGACUGGUGGGCGUCCUUCUCUGGGAACCAUUCUUCCAUUUGUGAUUAAUGUGGUUAGCGAUUGUAUUUUCAAGAAGAAGGAUAUGAUUGAAUGGAUUGAGAAGUCUGACAGAAAUUGGAGGAAGUAUUAUCAGUCACUCAUGUUGCGGUUGGUUACUGUCUUGUGUUUGAUUAAUUUGAACUUCCGCUUGUGUUUGGAUAUAAUCCAUGAUUUGCUGGGGAGGAACUUUAUCACUGAACUCCUACCAUGGGAGUUUUAUGAUGCACUUAGGAGGAGGAGGAAACCCAAUUCUCUCAGUUUAAAUGUUAAUGUGCUUGCUGGAGCUCUCAAGAAGAUUGAUAAUACAUUGGUGAUUGCGAGUUUCGGGGUUAAUUGUUCAGGGUUUUACAGUUCAGAUGCCAUCUUUGUCGACAUGACUACCAAUCAAUGCAAGGAUGACAUAUUGAGAAAAUGGUUUCCAAAGCCGCCUGUCAUUCAAGUUGCACAACAUCAAGUUGCAUCUGUUGAAAAUGGUAGAAGUUCUUGCAGUCCUGCACUCUCUGCAACUGAUUCUGAAGAAGGUAAGAGUUCUAAACUUGCGCCUUCAGAAUCCAGCUUGGUAAAAGAGACUGCUGUUGCAGCUGGUAAGCAGUGUGAAGCUGAAGACAGUCACAGUAAAGAUGAGGGUAAUUGCAUAUCCAAUGCAUCAGAUCAGCAGUGUCCAGGCCCAAUCUCGGAGCAGCAUGACGCUGAGGACAGCCACACAAAAGGCGAGGAAAACAACGCAUCCACCGAGUCAAAUCCGACAUGUCAAAAAGAUGAUGGUACUUCCACCCCAUCUAGCAGUAAAGAAGCUGGAAGCAAGGCGAAGAACAAGACAAAGGGCAAGAACAAGAAAAACAAGAAGAAAGGAGGCAAGAAAUAGGUGUCACAUGCCCUGCAAUUUCUGUACUUUGGAAUUUUCAUCUGGGAAACUUGUUUAUAUCUGAUGUAACUCAAACAUAAUAUCUAUGGUUAGUACAUAUUAUCUAUGGUCUCUACAUUUCAUAUCAUCAUGUUAUUAGUAAUCAGAAGAAAAGAUUGAACUGCUAUAAGAAACUAUUCAAUGAACAAAAAUGCCUGGCCUCUUAAUCUCUUAUUAUGAACUUUCAGUGAAGUCUCGAUCGAAAACAAACAAGUAACAAAACCUUAACAGAGAAUGCACUAUGCUCUUUUUGGCUCAAUUCUCAUCGCUCCCGAACCUCAAACUUGUUCGGGCGAAAGCUGCCGGUACUUCUCAAACUGUUCCUUGGCCUCUUCAUUCCUCUCAAGCAAGCUGUAAAUCAUUCCUCUACAAAAAUAAGGCCGGAAGUCUUUGGGAUCCUCCUUGACCAACUCAUUGUAGCUACUCAACGCAUCCUCCACAUUCUUCUGCAGGAACUGUAUCUGCCCCAUUAUCAGCUUCACAUCCCUGGCCUCCUUUGCCUUGUUCUCCUCCUCCGCCACCUGAUCACGGCGUGGCCCUCGCCGGAGCGGUCCAUCAGCAGAGCAUUCUCGAACAACAGUGGAUUCGACUCGAGAAUUUCCUCAAACUCCUGGCGUGCUCGCCGCUCUCGAGCUUCUGCUGCAGAAGCGACUUGAGGGCGUCGGAGUUGGAGCCGUGGAAAUCGGACAACGGAGAGGACGCCAACUCCGACCUGGGCGGUCAAUGUGGCCGGCGGGGGCUGCUCGGCCCGGGCUAGGAGUUUGGAAGACUUGUGGAAGCUUAGUGAGUAAGCUUUUGUCUUGGGUAAGUCUUCGUCUUACCCAAUAUGUUCGUGGGGAAUAAUGAAAUGUCCGAGGGAACCACGUGUUUUUUCUUCUUUAUUCCAAGGAAGAAGACCUUUUGAAGUCAAAUGCGUAAGUGGAGAGAGCUGAGAGUACGGACCAGCCAAUUGAUGAGAAAAACUUCGCCUCUAAGUAGAAAGUACAGGCCUUAAAUGUCACUGUCUUCUUUCUUUUAAAACGUUUUGGAAUCACUUGUGCUUUGAUCAAAGCUCUAAUAUUCCAAGAACGUUUUGGUUUUGGAAUCACUUGUACUAUGGCAUUGCAUGCAGGCAGUGAUCAUCCUAUUAUAGAUUCCUAGACAUCUCUCUCUUCUCUGUGCAAAGCUCUCAUCUUUUGCAAAAUCUGAGAAGUGGGUUUUCUGUGAAACGGUUCGUAAUCAUAGGCGGCUCUGUGUUGAAGAAGGCAGAGAAGAAAAGCAAGAGUCUUUGGUGGAGAUGAUGGAGGUUUCAGUUUCAGGCAAGAAAAAGAUCAAGCCUGACCCUUUCACUGAUAUUGUGUUUUCUUGGUCCCUGGAGGACAUUUUCAAUGAGGAUCUUUACAAAGACAAGGUGAAAAAGAUUCCUGAAUCAUUUCAAUCGGCUCAGCAUUACUUUCGGUCUUAUAUAUAUCCUUUACUGGAAGAAACCCGAGCAGAAUUGCAUUCAAAUAUGAAAACUCUUAAUAGAGCACCGUUUGCUCAAGUAGUGCGUUUUGAAGAAGCCAAGCCAUAUGGAACAAAGCUAUAUGAUGUCAAGGUUGAUAAAUGGCAUAACAGGUUCAUUGAUAGUGGCAAGGAGCCAUAUAAAACUUUGCCCGGUGAUCUUUUUGUUUUAGCUGAUGCUAAACCUGAAACUGUUUCCGAUUUACAAAGAGUAGGGAGGUCAUGGGCUUUUGCAUCGGCCACUAAUUAUGUCCCAGAAAGUGAGAAUGAAGAUGACAGUACCUCUCUUUAUUUCGAAGUCAAGGCAUCAAAAGAGUUUGAAGUCGAAAAUAGCAGGACAUCACUUUUUAUAGUUUUCUUGGGGAGUUUAAUCCGUGAUGGAAGAAUUUGGAAAGCGUUGCACAUGUCCAGAAAUCUGAAGAUUAUCAACGAAGUUCUAUGCACUGAUUCUAUGGUUCAGAAAGGUUUCUGCUCUGAAAGGAAUAAUGACAUCUGGAAUCAGAGUAUAGUUGAGAGUUUAUCAUCUGGAUUGAAUGAAUCCCAAACUGGGGCAGUGUUGGCCUGCCUUGAAAUGCUGCAUUCUGGUGAAAAGUCUGCCGUGCAACUUAUCUGGGGUCCUCCUGGUACUGGAAAAACAAAAACCACAGUUACUCUGCUUUCAACCCUGCUACAGAUGAAUUGUAGGACUCUUAUUUGUGCUCCAACAAAUGUUGCAAUAACUGGA